AAAAAAAAAAAAAAAAAAAAAACAAAAAAACUUAAACAGAAGGAGAAGGAGAGAGGAGAAGUGAUUCGAUCGAUUCUCUUUUCGUGGUCGAAAGAAGAUUGGAGCUAAAUCUUAUAAGGAAUCAGAAUACAUUGAUUUCUCUGAGAUGAUGAGAACCGGCGGCUUGGAAAUGAUGCACUCUUCGUCGGGGAUUUUGUCGUCGUCGUCGUCUUACUCGGCGGCAGCGGUGGUAGCGCUUAACCUGAAGGAGGCUACGAAUUGGUGGUCGGACGUCAAUGAAUCUCCGGUCUGGCAGGAUCGUAUCUUCCAUAUCCUCGCUGUUUUAUACGGAAUCGUUUCCGUCAUUGCUGUGAUUCAAUUGGUGAGAAUACAAUUGAGAGUUCCAGAAUACGGCUGGACGACGCAGAAGGUCUUUCACUUUCUCAAUUUCCUGGUGAACGGAGUUCGAGCUCUAGUUUUUGUCUUCCGGCGGGAUGCUCAGAAUAUGCAGCCAGAGAUUCUGCAACAUAUCUUGCUUGACAUUCCAAGUCUUGCUUUCUUCACUACGUAUGCGCUUCUGGUCCUCUUUUGGGCAGAAAUUUACUAUCAGGCACGUGCUGUAUCCACUGAUGGACUGAGGCCAAGUUUCUUCACCAUUAAUGCUGUUGUAUAUGUAGUUCAGAUUGCUAUUUGGUUGGUAUUGUGGUGGAAGCCUGUUCAAGUUAUGGUAAUCAUUUCUAAGAUGUUCUUUGCAGGCGUGUCAUUGUUCGCGGCCCUUGGUUUUUUAUUAUAUGGAGGAAGGCUGUUCCUAAUGCUGCAACGGUUUCCUGUAGAAUCCAAAGGGAGGCGCAAGAAGCUGCAAGAGGUCGGUUACGUGACAACCAUAUGCUUUACGUGUUUCCUCAUCAGGUGUAUCAUGAUCUUGAUGUCUUGGAUCACCCCAUCCUAAACUUUAUAUAUUACCUGUUGGUGGAGAUACUGCCUUCUUCUCUGGUCCUCUUUAUCCUAAGAAAGCUUCCACCAAAACGCGGAAUCACACAGUACCAUCAGAUCCAAUGAACUGAGAUUGUAUAACAUGGAGAUGGAUGCUGACAGUCUAAACAACGAGGUAAUUAUUGUUGACUUUCUGGAUAAUAUACAUUGAGGGAGAAAAACAUGACAAACAGCUGAAAAAGGGUCGAAAUCUGAUCUCUUUUUGGUUGUUUUGUUACCAGGAGUUAAUAUCGUGUAGGCGUAACCGGGGAUUUCUUGUUCCUUUCAUAGAUAAAAUGUACAUGUAAGAGAACAAUGGGUUGUGAUGUCUCUUUUAACUAAUUGAAUGUGGGUUAACUAGUGUAGCCUCUCUUGUUUUUACUAAACUCAAAGUAGUUUGGUCUCAGAAUGAUAGAAUUCAUAUCUUUGAAAGGUUAUUGAGAUUUCAAACUUUUGGUUAUGAGACGAGACGAAGGAACAAUUUAUGUAUAUAUCAUGGCUGGCCAUUUCAU